AUGGCCAAGAAAGGGCGAACAAAGGGCGAGAAGCCCGAGGCCCUCAUCUCUGCCCUACAGGCAGCCAAUGAAGAUCUCAGGUCCAAGCUGACUGACAUUCAGAUAGAGCUACACCAAGAAAAAUGUAAGGUGAACAAGCUGGAGCGUGACAAGGUGCAGGAGGUGAAGCGAGUGCGAGAGCAGGAGCAACACCGCCACACAGCUGCACUGACAGAGCAGCGGGCCAAGUGGCAUGAGGAGAAACAGAGGGAGCUUCAGGCUCUCAGGGAAAACUUGACUCGGCAGCAUGAGCAGGAGCUGGCCCGCCACGCCAAGAUCAAAGACCAGGAGACCCAGAGACUCAAGGCUGCCCUGAGCGCCAUGCGCGAUGGCAGCGGCGAGAAGGUGCGCACAGCAUUGACCUUAGAAGCCAAGGAGGAGGCACGCCGGUUCUUUGACCAGGAGAGAGUGAAGCUCCUGCAGGAAAUAGCGGAGCUGAAGUCCUCCAAGAAGCAGACGGACGAAGCUCUCAGCAACAUGAUCCAAGCUGACAAAAUGAAGGCUGGUGACCUGAGAGUGGAGCACCAGCAGCACCAGGAACAGAUCUCCAAGAUCAAGUGGGACUGCGAGAGGGACAUCCGCAGACUGGUGGAUGAAAUUAAGUCUAAAGACCGCACCAUAUUUGCUCUGGAGAAAGAAUUGGAGUCAACAACAGGUUUCUUACAGAAGUUGCAGCUGCAGAAGGAUGCCCUGGAUGAGCAGCUGUUCCUUGUCAAGGAGGCCGAGUGUGGUCUGGGAAGCCCCAAAAGGGAAAUCCCUGGGAGGGCUGGGGAUGGGGCCGAGCACUGUGGAAGCCCAGAUCUAAGGAGAAACCAGAGGCGCAUUGCUGAACUCAACUCAACUAUACGUAAAUUGGAGGACCGGAACUCGCUGCUGGUGGAUGAGAGGAAUGAACUGCUGAAGCGAGUGCGAGAGUCGGAGAAGCAGUGCAAGCCGCUUCUGGACAAGAACAAGUUGCUGAAUAAGAGGAAUGAUGAGUUGACCCAGACUCUUCAGAGGCUGGAGGAAAAGCUGAAGACUCUGGCCAAGGAGAACCUUGAGAUGAAGGAGAAGAUCAGCUCCCACCCCCCACUGAAGAAGCUGAAGUCUCUAAAUGACCUGGACCAGGCCCACGAUGACCAGGAAAUAGCUUUUCUCAAGCUUCAGGUUCUAGAGCAACAGAGCAUAAUUGAUGAGCUGACAAGAGAUAGAGAAAAACUUUUGAGGAAGAAGAGGCAUAAACGAAGUUCGAGGCCAAUAAAGAGGCACAUUGUAGUUGACACCUUUUUUGGCUAUGAUGAGGAGUCCAUGGACUCGGAGACGUCCUCUGUGGCUUCGUAUCGAAUGGACCGAACCCCCGCCACUCCAGACGAGGAUCUGGAUGAGAGUCUGGCCAAUGAAGAGUCGGAGCUGCGUUUCCGCCAGCUGACCAGGGAGUACCAGGCCUUACAGCGAGCCUAUGCCCUGCUGCAGGAGCAGAAGGGAGGCAUAUUGGAUGCUGAAAUGGAAGCCAAGGCUCAGGAGCAGCUCCAAGCAGACGUUCUCAGGUACAAGGCCAAAAUCGAGGACUUGGAGAAGGAACUAACCCUGAAAGGACAGGACUCCAAAUGGGUGGAUGAGAAGCAGCUCUUCUUACGAAGAAAUCAGGAGCUAUUAGAGAAGGUGGAGAAGACGGAGUCCGAGACUGGCCGGCUACAGCAGGAGCUCCAAGACUCCAAAGACCAGAACGAACUGUUGGAGUUCAGGAUACUGGAGCUCGAGGAGCGUGAGAGGAGGUCCCCUCCUUUCAACCACUUGAGGAUGCAUCCCUUCUCUGAGGGCGUCAGUGCACUGCAGAUAUACUGUAUGAAGGAAGGGGUCAAGGAUGUGUGCAUACCUGAUCUCAUCAAACUCCUAGAUAUCCUUGGAGACAAUGGGAAUUUACGAAAUGAAGAACAAGUGGCCAUUAUUCAAGCUAGCACUGUCUUGUCACUAGCGGAAAAGUGGAUCCAGCAGAUCGAAGGGACAGAGGCAGCGUUGCACCAGAAGAUGAUGGACCUAGAGAUAGAGAUGGAAAUGUUCUGUAAGCAGAAAGGAUAUCUUGAAGAGGAGCUAGACUAUAGAAAACAGGCCCUGGACCAGGCCUACAUGCAAAUCCAGGAGCUGGAGGCAACACUGUAUAACGCCCUGCAGCAAGACAAGGUGAUAAAGUAUGGCGAGCCUCUGGAUGAGCUGCAGAGGGACGAGUUGCGGACAGCGGUGGAAAAGCUGAGGAGGCAGAUGCUGAGGAAGAGUCGGGAAUACGACUGCCAGAUUCUCCAGGAGAGGAUGGAGCUGCUGCAUCAGGCACACCAGAGAAUCCGUGACCUUGAGGACAAAACUGACAUCCAGAGGAGACAAAUAAAAGACUUGGAGGAGAAGUUUUUGUUUCUGUUCUUGUUCUUUUCUCUUGCCUUUAUCCUUUGGCCUUGAAGUGUUUGGCGUGUCCUGUAGCAGAGGUGGCGUGGCAGCUUGGAGAUAUUGUUUGUGGCUGCAGUGUUAUUUAUUUUCUGGGCAAGCGUGGAACAGUGUGCAAAGCAGUGGCUGCUCGUGUCGUAACAG